UUUAUUAACAAAGUUGUCAAUGGUCAAAAUGGUAAUAAUGACUUAGGAACCACACACUUGGUUUGCAACACGCCACCCACAAUUUUCCUCAUCCACUAAAUAUAUUACCAAGUCAUGAGUCAAAAUCUUCUCAUUACUCUCUGCUUCCAGUAAAAGAGAAACACAACAAAAAACUAGAUCUAAGAAUCUUCUCAUAAUAUUGUUCCUCAAGCAGAAGCAGAAGCUAGAGGUAUCUGAUAUACUCAAGGAAGCUGUUAUGUUAUCUGUCAGAAGUUUCAACUUUAUCAUCUUCACCUUUCUUACCUCUCUCCCUCUCUUUUGUAUGACAGUUUACUUUGAAAUUCAGUUUCAAGAAUUAGUUGAAACUUUUUCUAUUAAUAUUCCAGACGAUGUUCGCUAUGGAUACUUUAAUUCCAUGCUAGAUCGUAUGAAUAAGGAUUAUAAUUACCUUAAGUUGAUUCAACUUGGUUUGGUUUAUAUAUUUCCUCUCCAAAUUCUUGAGUUUGGAACUGCAAUUGUUACUGUAGACUUAGCUUCGAAGCUAAAUACUCAACAAGAGAAGAAAAUGACCCUUAAGGAGAUGUUUGAAAAACCUAUUGAUUCAACAAAACUAAGAGGCUCAUUUCUAACUUUUGUCUAUGUUGUUUUCUUGACAACUACUCAUCAACUUGGAUUACUAUGGAUAGUUAUAAAUUACCAUAUUUGGUUGAAGGAUUUCAGUUUUGUGGUUUUUCCUGUGAUUUGCAGCUUGUUGUUUGCAAAGUUGUUAAUGAUGUAUUUAGAAUGGAGUUCUAUGUGGAAUAUGAGUAUUGUAAUCUCAAUUUUGGAGGGUAUAUAUGGUAUUGAAGCAUUAGCACUCUCUAUUAAUUUUAGCAGAGCCUGUCACAGAAAAGGGCUUUUUUUGAUGCUGAUUUUCUUUGCAUGGGGACAAUUAUUAAGAUUUUCUUGCUACUAUAUUGGAGGAUAUGAACAAGGAAAUGGAACUUUUAUACAAGUUGGUUUGGUCUGCAUGGUGAUUCCAUUGAAAUGGGUAGUUUUCAUGAUAUAUUUCAAUGAUUGUAAGGAGAGAUACUUGGAAAAGAAAAUGGAUGUGGAAUCAGGUAAAGAUGUUAGAGUUCCUCAGAAGUAAGAUUGAGCUAGUUUUCUGGUUAUGCAGCCUACUUAAUAUGAUCAAAUAAUAAAUGUUAUCAACUAAUGUUAUGUGAUUGGUUUGUUUAUAGUUGCCAUGAUAUUAGCUGCAUUCUAUUGCUAUACUCUUGAUAAUGUAAUUCCCUAUUUUUCUCAUGACUAUCCAACAACCUCCUAUGAUUGUUGGUCCUCUUUCUCUCCUUGUUAUCGGUCUCGUGAAGUAUACUCAGAUGUCAGAUUUUGUCUAUUCCAAUUACUAUACUCUUUUUCUUCUUUUUAAA